AUGGCUAACGCAACACUGGAUGUUCUGAAUGUAAAUUUUAUGCUGAACACACUAGAUUUAUCACUGACAAGCAGCUAUGUGACUUGUGCAGUAGGCAUUUUAAUUUACUCCUUCACACUAAUUUGUAAUUUGCUCUUACUGCUGAUUAUUAUAUGUAACAGAACUUUGCAUGAGCCAAUGUAUUAUUUACUGUUCAAUUUGUCACUGAACGAUUUAAUUGGUAUAAGUGCUGUGGUUCCCAAGGUUAUAUAUGACCUGAUGUUUCAGUCCAGUCUGAUCAGUUACCCAGCAUGUGUAAUACAGGCUUGGUGCCUACAUAUAUAUGGUGGUGCAACUCUUCUUAUUUUGUCAGUGAUGGCAUUUGAUCGCUUUAUUGCCAUAUGCCACCCUCUAAGGUAUCACUCACUUAUAUCUAAACGCACUGUUAAGUGGCUGAUUAUCUUAAUCUGGCUCACUGAUUUCGCUCUGGUAGGGGCUUUGUUUGGGCUUACUUUGCAUUUUCCUGUUUGUAGAACUCUCCUUGUAACUAUUUACUGUGACAAUGUGUCUCUGUUAAGACUGACCUGUGCCACAGACAUCACAGUGAACAAUAUCUAUGGACUGUUUAUAACAGGACUGUUCCAUGGCAUUGGCCUGUUUUCUGUGGUGUUCUCCUAUACACAGAUUUUGCUGGCAUGCUUCAAAGGCAAUGACUCCGACUCCAAGUCAAAAGCCUUGCAUACCUGUGCUACACAUUUGCUUGUAUUCCUCAUAUAUGAGUUAUCUGGUUUUGCAGUGGUUCUGGUGUAUAGAGCUCCUUACAGUCCUCCAAACUUGCAGAAAUUCAUGGGCAUGACAUUUGUUAUUUUUCCUCCAAGUCUAAAUCCUAUUAUAUAUGGAGUUAAAACAAGAGAGAUUAAAGUUAAAAUGAAACAAAGUUACAAAAAAAUUAUUCUCAGCUUAAAUGCCAAAAAUAUGUCUAAAACAAAAAAAACACUUUCCUCACAGUGA